UUGGUCAUAAAAUUAAUUGCGCUUGACCAAAGCAUUGGAGCGCACGUGAGUUGAAGGGAGCUUAAGAAAAUAAAAGUGCAUAAAACCGCAACAAGGAUUAAGUCAAUUUGAAAUAAUAAAGCGAAGGAAAUUUGCAAUAAAGAGUGCAUCAAAAUGUACUUCAAGCGGAGCCCAAUUUUCAUUCUGUUGAUUUUGGUGCUCUUAGGCAUUUGCGCCGAGUGCGAUGCCAAAAAGUGGCGGGCACAUCUAAAGAAGAAAAGUAACUCACCCAAAAUCUCAGCUACUUUCCGCACAGUGCCGCCAAAGCGUAAGCCAAUGCCCAAACACCAUCACCCAGCGCCACAUAAACGCAACUCGAAAAUGAACUACUAUCAUCCGUUGCCUACAAGUUGGCCAACACACAACCACAUGCCAUCCACUUAUUAUAUGCCGUCACAUUAUCCACGUUGGCGCUCAUAUUACACUGCGCCAACGAAAUCGAGCGCGCUGAGGAAAAUGGAUUUAUCAGCGCCGUUUAUGUCGCUGCCUCUUGGUGGUUAUUCAACGCCAAUGCGGCGCUCAGAUGAGUUCGAUGUUAGCACCAGUGGUUUAACUGCCACCGCCCCCUUGGUGGAUAUGAGUGUCUUUAAUGCUGCUGUUGCAGAUGGUUUUUUCGAUACUGAUUUACAGCAUUCAACCACGAAUGGUGAAUUUCUACAACCCGAAAUAUCUUUAGGUGGCUGGACACCGGUGGAUUACAAAUCAUUUAUGGCUGAUGCCGAUUUUAGUCUCCUGAAUGAUCAGAUGGGUUUGAACCGACGAGCCGAUAUGGACAGUCUUAUGUUUGGCAAUCCAUUUGAAGCACAUUUGGUCUGAUGCAGUAGCUUGGAGAUUGAGUGCAUCCUUUAAAAAACUAUGGAUGCGCCAACCCAAAUAGAAGUUUAAGGAAUAUGAAUAUGUAUGUAUAAGUAAAAUAAAUUUAAAAAUUAUUUAUUA